AUGACGAGCGACAUGCAAGACAUGGCCAUCAGCAUCGCCAUGGAGGCGCUGCUGAAGAACAACAGCGAGACGGACGUCGCCGCGGACAUCAAGGCCGCACGCUUUUCGCCCGCGCGCAGGUGGCACUGCUUCGUCGGGCGCAACUUCGCGUGCUACGUCACGUACGAGGCGUCGAGUUUCACGUACUUCUACAUCGGCCAGGUCGGCAUCUGCCUCUUCGCCACGGACUAG